CCCAAAAGCGACUUAGAGUGCACCUUAACACACCGCGACCCAGACGUAAAAGACUCCUUUGACGCGUUUACUAGAAGCUCUUCUGUAUCUACAGCUGAUAAAGUAUAAUCUGACCUUCAGUAAACCUAGAACCUAGAGCCUUCGUUCGGAAAUUUCAGGAUGCCCCAGAAGCCGACUCUGCCCAGCCUAGUAGGGAGAAAGUUCAAAAAACCACCAAAAGAGCCACCGGAUGGAGGUGGCAAUGGCGGUCUGCCGGCCAUCCGCCCCAGCAGCGCCCAAACCCACACCACCGACUCGACCCUACCCGCGCUGGCCACGCUGCCCGAGGACGACGCACUGGCAGCCGACCAGCUUCCCCCAGCCCCGCCCCCCUACGUGCCGCGCUCCACCGGCCGCCCGCCACGCAUCACGUACGACGGCGUGGGGGACUACGACAUCGCCAAAGUGUGGCGGGAAACGGCGCCCGAGGGCCUCGGAUCCUCCGUGGAUUUCACGAACGCGGCAUGGCUGCUAACGGCGGGCUCGGGAUCGGGGCGCUCGAGCACUGCUAGCUCGGGCAGCGGCCGCAAGCGGCUGUCGCUGCCGGGGCAGUCGAGCUUGGGGCUGGGCGGCAGUCCGCUGGGUCCAGGUGGCGGCAGCGGCAGUUGGGACUGGCGGCUGGCGGAGCUGCGUGGCGUGCUGGCGCAGGAGCUGGGUGGAGGCUUCCCCGCCGCGCAGUGGCCGCCCAAGUCCGUGCCGCGCAAAACCGUGGAGUCCAUCCCCAUCAAAACCUUCCGGACCGAGCUGCUCGCGCUCAAAGCCGCGGGGCUCAACCUCACCACCCUUCGCUACCUGCUCUACUCGGCGCCGGGGGCGCUGGCAGUGGAGGGCGUGGUGGCGCGGCUAGGUGCCCUGCGGCGGCUGACGGGCAGUGCGGAUGAGGUGGAAACGGUAGACCUGUGGGUGCGAGCUCCGGCGCUGAUGACGAUGAGUGAGGCGGACCUGCGAGAGCGGCUUGAGGCGGUGGAGGCGGUGAUGGGCAAGGAGGGCAGGUCUGCCGCCUACGUGCGCGACCUGGUGCGCCUGCACCCGGGUGUGCUGGCGGCGCGGCCCGAGGCGCUGGACUGGCGGCUGGCGCUGCUGCGGGAGGCGGGCGGCGCCGUGCGCAGCUGGCGGCAGGAGCUGGCGGGCGCGGCGCCGCGGCGGCUGGGGGCGCUGCUGACGGCGCCCAAACGGUCGCUGCUGCGGCUCAAAUACACAGUGGAGCGGGGCUCUGCGCCGCUGGGCAUGGCCGCCAUAAUCCGCUGGAGCGACGCCGAGUGGGCCGCCCGCCAGCCCGACUUCGCCGCAUGGGAGGCCGACUUCCUGGCGUUGGAGGCGGCGGAGGCGGCGCUGGACGCGGAGCGGCUCAGCGAGUGGGCGCUGCUGCCGCUGACAUGAGGAGGGAGAGGGGGAGGGAGAGGGGUUGCGGAGAGAGGGUGUGAUGAAGAGGGGGGGCAUGCAGCUGGGUGUGGGGGCGCGGGCAGGGUGGUGGGUGCGCCGCUGUCGUGAUGCGUUGUGCGCAAUGCGACAUGUUGGCACUUCGGCUUUCCGAGUCACGGCGCCCAGUCAUGCCCCAGGGUGGCGAGAUUUGUUUGUUUGCUUGGGCUGCUGCGUCAGGCAUGUGCCGCUUGAGGCUUGUGGGCAGCUGUGGCCCCGGGCCUCGGGAGUGGCUGCAGCGUUAUGUCCGUGUGAACGCUGUGGACUACAUGACUGUACGGUACGUUUCUAUGAGCAUACACUACAAGUACUUUGAAAUAGAAGUAGAAGUAGUUACACCCCGACGCGGCAGUAGUGUAGGUCAAGGGAGCGGGGGGAUGAUGUAGCACCCCCGCUACCGACAUUUGCGUUGAAGGCUUAAUGCUACAUGUGAAUUCAAUCCUAAUCAGCUGACGGUGGGGUGGGAUGCGCCUGCACUAGUCAGAAGCACAGCUCGUAUGGGAACUGGAAAGCAUAUUGAGGGCAGGGUAUGAGUGGUGCAAUGGCCACGUCUGCCCCUGACGGCCCGACCUCCCAACAGAUGAAGGUGCAUUGCUUGGCGAAGUCGGACAAAAGCCUGACGAGCAAGGGACAUUAUGUUUGGUUGCGCUGACUGUUACUUGCGGCAUGUACCGCAGCUUGCACGUUCGUGUGCGUUAUUACGUGGUGCGUGGGAUGGAUUUGCAUUGUGCGUGGGCCCAUGAGGCCAAGUGUGUACUACUGCCAAGCAUGGUCGAACAACGAAGGCGCGGGACGGAAAGUAACGCGCGGGGAGCCGAGGACACAGCUCAGCGAGGAUGCUCGGGAUGGUGUGGCCUCAUGCAGACGUAGCAUGUCCAUGAUGUGGGUUGGCAUAAUGGCAUGCACCUCUGCACCCCAGAGGCAGAGGGCGGUACGCACGAACUAUAACGGCAGGGAAUGGCGGGUGAUGAUGCUGAUUGCGGAGCAAGGUGGCGACACAGCAGGCCGGUAGCUAGGAGGCGGCAGAUCCCCUGGCGCUGGCAGGGCGCGCCGCAAACUGGCCACACGCCGCCCGCCGACUGGUCGACUGGAUGUAUGGAUCCACGCCGGCAUUGCGUUUCACAGAGAAGCAGGUCUGAGUGGAGGGCACUUGGCUGGCGCUGCUGUGGAGUGGAGCGUCCCUGCAUUUAUUUGCCUUGAAAGAGCGAGGUGAC